CGUGCAGCAAAAGCGGCAUGAAGACCGCUACUGAUAAGUGGGGCUCCGCGCACGACGCUGGGGGACACACGGAGAGAGGAGACUGAGGGAAAAAAAACUGUCUGCUAUGCAGGGUUUCAGUCAAAAUGGGCGAGCAUCAGGCAUGUGUGAAGCUCAGUGAAGAGAAACUCAUUCCAAGGGCGGACAUUUUGUCUCUUCUUCGGACGUAUAACUGUUACCAUGAAGGCAAAAACUUCCAGCUGAGGACGCGUGAGGAAGAUGGAGAGCUCAUCCUUGAGGGGCUUCUGAACAUUUAUUGGGGCCUGCGUCGACCAAUCAGGCUUCAGAUGCACGAUGACAACGAAAGGUUUCAGUUUCACAGAUUGAGUGUAGCCAAGAAGCUGCCAGGAGAAGCCAACAAUAAUCCCCUGGACAGACCCAGAGCCAGUGGAUCCUCAGGUAGUGAAGUGUCUGGGGAGGAGGAGGACUCCCCACAGUUGCUCAGGACUCGGAGUGACGCCUCGUUCAUGAGAGUUCAGAGGAGGAUAAAGACACAAACCUCAGAAAACCUGCAGCGACUGCGCACACACCGAUUCUCCAUCAACGGACAUUUUUACAACCACAAGACAUCUGUGUUUACUCCGGCAUUUGGGUCAGUCACAAAUGUCAGAGUGAACAGCUCCAUGACCACAAUUCAAGUGCUAAACCUUCUGCUUCACAAGUUCAGGGUUGAGAAUAAAUGUGAGGAAUUCGUUCUUUACAUGGUGCAUGAGUCUGGAGAAAAGACACGUUUUAAAGAUGGAGAGUACCCAUUAGUGGCUCGUGUGCUUUAUGGGCCUUGUGAAAAAAUCUCCAAGAUCUUUAUCAUGGAGGCCGACCUGGGAGAGGAAGUCACUUAUGAUGUUGCUCAAUACAUCAAAUUUGAGAUUCCUGUUUUAGACAGUUUUGUGGAAAAGCUAAAAGAGGAAGAGGAGCGGGAAAUCAACAAACUAACCAAAAAAUACAGUGCACUUAAAUCCAUGAUUCUUCACCAGCUUGAACACAAGGCUCUCCACAGCGACCGAGUAUGAGUACAAGUAUAUGAGAUAUACCAUGUGGAUUUGUAUAAUUUAAAGUAAAGGAUGGAUUUAACACUAUUAAUGAUAGAUUUGCAUUGUGAACAGCAUAAACACAAUGAAUGUAGACGACAGGAAAGUGUGAGGCCACAGGAUAGUACUGUAUGUUAGGCAACACCAAUGUGCUUAUAACCUACUGUUGUUUUUGUAUCUAUGGUCUUAGUACUCCUUUUUCUAUAGCCUCAUUUUAUACCAUGUUUAUUAACUCUGCUAUUAAGACAUUUUGUAUCAAAAUUUGACUAAUUUAUACAGGCAUAUUUUGACUCAUGUUUAACUCAAUAAAGCCACAAUGCAACC